GGUUGGUCUAAUUAAGAAAAAUAUAAUAUGUCAAUGAGUUCUAAUUACUUAGAUGCAACUUUGAAGGAAACAUUUCGGAGGAGCCCUUUCAAAUUCGCUAAUACAAAGGUUCCUCAUGCUGGCCUAGGCGACAGUAGUAUCUCCCCUAUAAAAGAAGUUCCUGAAGAAGAAGUUCUAAAUGAUCCCGUCAAUAUCCAGAUUCCGUUCAUCGAAUCAGCUCUCUCCGCAUCUCGGCUUCGCGGAAGGAAUACGAACGUAUAUUAUGAGUAUAUACAAUUAAGUCAAGGAAUAAGCCAAGGUCGUGUAGAAGUGGUGAAGGACUUCUUGAACGGUCAUCCGGACGCAGUGGACGAAUGGAUAAACCUUUACGAGACACCAUUGUUAAAGGCUUGCGCCUGUGGGAAACCCGAGAUUGUUAAAGAGCUUUUGCGUCGUAUGACACCUGAACAGAUGCUUCCCAAGAUGAGCCAAAACGCUUCGUACCACACGCCUCUCACUGUCGUUGCGGUUAGUGGAAACAUGGAGAUUGCUGAAGCUUUAGUUGCUAAGAACCCUAAGCUGCUAGAGAUUCCUGGAAUCAAUGGGCAGAUUCCAGUUGUGGUGGCGGUUGAGAACACGCAGAUGGAGAUGGCUCGCUAUCUUUACACCAGAACUCCGGUUCAAGUUUUACUUGAAGAUGAUGGAUAUCACGCUUCCUUGCUCUUUCUUAAUGCAAUCUUCUAUAAAAUGCUCGACAUCGCGUUGGAUCUGUUCAACAUGAGCAGACGCUUAGCCGUCACAAAACACUUGCAAAUCGAGUCGAUCCCCAUCAUUGUCUUGGCUUCAAAGCCAGAUCUUUUUCCCGGUGGCUGCUAUCUCGGACCAUUGACACGUUUCAUCUACUCUUGGAUACAAGUAAAGCUGCCAACUCUUCCAGAGCCUUCUCGUUCAAACAAAGAUCAUCAGAAUACUCUGAUGAGGAAACUGCUCAAAGUCCUCUCCAAAUGGACCGGAAUAGAUGAAGUGUACCGACUUAAGGUCAUGCAUCUACAAGCCAAGAAGCUUCUACGGGGAAUAUCCGAAGAAACAUUGGCCUUGGGAUUGAAGGAACGUUCCGAGACAGUGGAUGAGGCUUUACUCUUUGCAGUAAGGUAUGGGAAUGUGGAUUUCUUGGUGGAGAUGAUAAAGAACAACUCUGAGCUUCUAUGGUCCACGAGAACAAGCUCAAGCAGUACUCUGUUUCUCUUGGCCGUCGAGUUCAGACAAGAGAAGGUGUUUAGUCUCCUUUACGGUCUGGACGACAGGAAGUACUUGUUGCUCGCCGACAAGGACUGUGACGGCAAUGGUGUGCUUCAUCUCGCCGGCUUUCCUUCUCCUCCUUCCAAGCUCUCUACUGUCGUUGGCGCACCUUUGCAGAUGCAACGCGAGUUACAAUGGUUCAAGGAAGUGGAGAGAAUCGCACCGGAGAUCGAGAAGGAGAGAGUAAACACAGAAGAGCAAACACCGAUCGAAAUAUUCACAAAGGAGCAUCAGUCACUGCGAGAAGAAGCCGAGAAAUGGAUGAAAGAUACGGCUAUGUCUUGCAGCUUAGUCGCGGCUCUCAUCGUAACGGUCACCUUCGCGGCGGUCUUCACCGUCCCUGGUGGCACUGACGAAAAUACAAAAGGUAAACCCUUCCACCUACAUGACCGGCAUUUCAUUACCUUCGUGGUCUCCGAUUUGAUCUCCUGCUUCGCCUCUUGCACCUCCGUCCUCAUCUUCCUCGGGAUACUCACCGCAAGAUACUCCUUCGACGAUUUCUUGGUCUCGCUUCCGACAAAGAUGAUUGCCGGACUUUCGAUACUGUUCGUCUCUAUCGCAGCGAUGCUUAUGGCGUUCUCGUCGGCGCUAUUCACGAUGAUGGAUAAAGAGAAAUGGAUCGUUGCUCCGACGAUCCUUUUGGCUUGUUCACCGGCGCUACUGUUUGUUCUGCUUCAGUAUCCUCUCCUCAAGGAGAUGAUUUUCUCGACCUACGGCAAAGGAAUCUUCGACAGAAACAUGAAAUGUUGGGCCUAACUUAAGACAUUGAUGGGCCUGAGUUAAAACAUUUAUGGGCCUAACUUAAAACAUUGACCGGUCCACCAAAGAUUAUGGCAUAUAUAUGAUAUAUGAUACAUAUUAAUGUGUGUAUAGCGAAAUUAGAGUUUUGGAUAUUCCGAUUAGAGACUUCCAAUGAUAUAGAGAGAACAUGAAUCCAACAUAUUCAUGCUUGUCGUGGUCAUCAGGUAUCCGAGGAUAUUCAACCUCUAAUACGGCCUAGAAAAUCCCCUAACUUUAAAAACUAAAAAUCAAAUACAUUACAAAUAUGUAAG